AUGCCGCGAUCGUCUGCUGGAGAAUUAUCCGGCAUUCAGAAGGAGUCCAGUGUGUCUGUAAGUACGCGGCAUUGCCGCCCUGUUAUUUUUUUCUAAAAGUCGACUUCUGUUUCAGAUCUUAAGUUGGAUUGCCGCCUCAGACAAGGAGAAGCGGUCCUGUCCCUCGGGUUCGCCAGACCUUCUUUCGAGCAAACAUCCCACAAUCUUCCUCUUUUGAUCGGACAGUCAGUGGAGGUGGUUUGUUUGCGUUGGAAUCCGCGUCUGCAGCAGGCAGAACGCGUUGCUGACAUGGAAGGAGACCGGACGGACGCUUCGUACAGUGUCAUGGGAGGUAAGUUGCCGGACAGUUGUUUGACUGAAGUCUACUGCCUCUGGAUGGAGGCCUUCUACCUGUCAGCACAUUUUGCUAUCGCGGUGUGGAUUUAGCGCUCGUUAAGGUGUCUAUUUUGCUUUUUAAGGAAUGCACACCUCUCAACCCCUUUCAGCUGGCUACUUUAUGCAUUCUUUUUUUCCACCAAACCGAAGAGAGAACAUUCGUUGAUGGAGAGGGUAUGGUGAGCGGUGUGUUGGCGAGUAUCUGGUGUGAGGAGGGCGCGGGCGCCCCUCGCUGGUGGACGCAUAGGACACGCACCCGUCGUCGUGAAGGUUUCCACCGCUGCUGCCGACGGAAAGGAGACGCUGAUUGGCGUAUUUGGUGGAUCAAAGGCUGGGUGCAGGCCUCCUACCUGUCAGCGUCCAACGGCGAGGGUCGCCCGCUCGCGCUAGCGCCCUUCUCUCACCACAGACUCGCCAACACGCCGCUCACCCAAUCCUCCUCCAACAGCGAAAAUGCUCUCUUCAGUCUGGUGGAGAAAAAAAAAGGAAUGCAUAGAGUAGCCAGCUGA